GGUUAUUUUAUCUGGCAAUCCAAGAUGGCGCUCCAUGCUUUCAUGUGCUGUUAAGGUUAAGAUCAACAUGAGUUUGUUAAAGUGUGGUUAUAGUGUUUCAAUGAGGUAUUUACACCGUCGUUUGUGGCGGUACAAUCAGUGGUUAUCGACUCCACAUCGUUACAGAAACUUAUCCGCACUUCACUGUUUAAGCAGGAAUCUGAAUUUCAGUAUUAAACCGAUUGCAUCAGACUAUUCAACAGACAAAUAUCUAUUGACAAAUGUUUACAGAUUGAAUUCCUAUUACAGUUGUCAAAAUGUCAGGUAUUAUUGCAGUAAGAAAGAUGAGGAUAAACAGGACAAUCCAACGGAAAGUACUAAUGGUGAGAAGAAAGAACUUAGUAAUGUGUCGUCGGUCAAUGCAUUAUCGGCUAUAACUGUACCAGAAGUUUGGCCUGUGGUUCCAGUUAUCGCAGUUAAUAGGAAUCCAGUUUUUCCACAAUUUAUCAAAGUUCUCGAGAUAUCUAAUCCAGAAUUAAUUGAAAUCAUCAGAAAGAAUGUUCGAUUAAAUCAACCAUAUGCAGGCGUCUUUUUGAAAAGAGAAGAAAGUGAUGACGAAGUCAUGGAAAAGUUGGAUGACUUAUAUCCAGUAGGAACUUUUGUACAGAUUCAUGAAUUACAAGAUUUGGGAGAAAAAUUACGAAUGAUUGUGAUGGCCUAUAGAAGAAUUCGUAUUCUUAAACAAAUAACAGAUAAUGAUGUUUAUACUAAAAAAAGGAAAAGAAAUCGAAAAAAUAACAAUCAAAAAAGUGAAUCUCAGGUUGAACCCCAAGUUUUGCCAUCUCCUCCUAAAGUUUUGAUGGUUGAAGUUGAAAAUGUCACUCAUCAAAAGUUUGAAAUGAAUGAAAAAGUGAAGGCUUUCACACAAGAAAUUGUAAAAACAAUUAGAGACAUUAUUUCAAUGAAUCCACUCUAUAGAGAAUCUAUUCAAUUAAUGAUUCAAGCUGGACAGCGAGUAGUUGAUAAUCCAGUUUAUUUAUCAGAUUUGGGUAAGUAUAACAAAAGUAGAUUAUUAAAUAAUGAAGCAAAAGUAUUGAGUCUUGUAGUUCCAAAACCUGUUCUUGAAGUUAUAGAAGAAGAAUUAAAUAAACUCUCUUUCCUAGAUAAUCAUUCAUCAGAAUUUAGUGUUACAAGAAAUUAUUUAGAUUGGUUGACAAAUAUACCUUGGGGUAAAACAAGUGUUGAAAAUCUUGAUUUGAAACGCGCCAAAGAAGUGUUAGAAGAAGAUCAUUAUGGAAUGGAUGAUGUGAAAAAGCGUAUUUUAGAAUUUAUUGCAGUUAGUAAUUUACGUGGUUCAACACAAGGCAAAAUUUUAUGUUUUUAUGGUCCCCCAGGAGUUGGAAAAACAAGUAUUGCAAAAUCUAUUGCAAAAGCUUUAAAUAGAGAGUAUUUUAGAUUUAGUGUCGGAGGAAUGACUGAUGUAGCAGAAAUCAAAGGGCAUAGACGGACUUAUGUUGGUGCAAUGCCUGGAAAAAUAGUACAAUGCUUAAAGAAAACUAAAACAGAAAAUCCACUUGUUCUUAUUGAUGAGGUAGAUAAAAUUGGACGAGGUUAUCAAGGAGAUCCAUCAUCUGCAUUACUUGAAGUUUUGGAUCCUGAACAAAAUAUUAAUUUUUUGGAUCAUUAUUUGGAUGUUCCAGUAGAUUUAUCAAAGGUCCUAUUUAUAUGUACUGCUAAUGUAACAGACACAAUUCCAGAACCUUUAAGAGACCGUAUGGAAAUGAUCGAAGUGUCAGGUUAUGUUGCUGAAGAAAAGAUAGCCAUAGCUAAGUGUUACUUAAUACCUCAAGCCCGCGAAUUAACAGGAAUAAAAGAGGAUAAAGUCACAAUUACUGAUGAUGCUUUACAAAAACUUAUUAAAUCAUAUUGUCGAGAAAGUGGAGUUAGAAAUCUUCAAAAACAUAUUGAAAAGAUAUUAAGAUCUUGUGCAUUUAAUAUUGUUAAUGAAAAAUCAGAGAAAAUUGAAGUUACAGUUGAUACUUUGCAAAAGUUUGUUGGAAAACCACUAUUUACUCAUGAUCGUUUAUAUGAAAACACUCCACCAGGUGUAGUUAUGGGUUUAGCUUGGACUGCUAUGGGUGGUUCCACAUUAUACAUUGAAACUGCACUCUGUCGUCCAUUUGAUGAAGAAAAAUCAGAAGCUUCACUUCAAUUGACAGGACAUUUGGGUGAUGUUAUGAAAGAAAGUGCUAAUAUUGCAUAUUCUUUUGCAAAGUCAUUUUUAUUAAAAGAAAAGCCAGCUAAUAAUUUUUUACAAAAAGCAAACAUCCAUUUGCAUGUUCCUGAAGGAGCUGUACCUAAAGAUGGUCCAAGUGCAGGGUGCACAAUGGUCACUGCUCUUAUUUCUCUUGCUUUGAAUCAGUCAAUUAAUAAAAAUGUAGCAAUGACUGGAGAAGUCUCUCUGACAGGAAAGGUUUUACCCGUUGGUGGUAUAAAGGAGAAAACAAUUGCUGCUAGAAGAGUAGGAGUGUCGUGCUUAAUAUUGCCAGAGGAGAAUAGGAAAGACUUUUUUGAUCUACCUACUUAUAUUACAGAAGGUUUUGAAGUGCAUUUUGUGGACAAUUACAAGACCAUUUAUGAUCUGUUGUUUAAUAAUACAUAACUAUAAUUUCAAUUUUAGAGAUUUUAUAAAGAAAUUUUUGAAAACUAUUGAUGUAACAGAAGAGUUUUCAACUAUAAAAUUAAAAGCUAUUAAAUUAUGUAAUUAUUAUUAUAUAU